AUGGGUCUAGUAACGCUCAAGAAUCUCCUGGAAGAGUCGUUUGACGCUGUAGGCUUCGACCGCAAUACUUACAUUGGCGGUCUAUGGAAGUAUACUGACGCUCACACAACCUCCGUGCUGCGAACCACGCGGGUCAACGUGAGUAGGGAGCGCUGCUGUUUUACGGAUUAUCCGUUUCGUGAAUGCACGGGGAGCUAUCCUACCGCAGAGGAAGUGCAGACGUACCUGGAGGAUUAUGCGGAAGAGUUCGGGUUGCUGAAGAGAUGCAGGCUUGGCGUGGUCGUGGAAGAGGUGAGGAGAGAUGAGGCGAGGGCUACGUGGAUCGUGAGAACGAAGGAGUGCGGCGAGGAGAAGGUACAGGAGUUUGACAAGGUGGUUGUAUGCAGUGGCAGCAAUGCGAUUCCGAUCAUGCCACGUCUCGGUGGGCAGCAGUGCUUUCAGGGGCGUAUAAUGCACAGUGUCGCGUUCAAGGAGCCGGAGGACUUCCAUGGACAGAAGGUCCUGCUCGUUGGCCUGGGUAAUACUGCUGCCGAUAUCGCCAAUAGUCUGGUCAGCGUAUCAGACAAGAUCUGGCUGAGCCAUCGAACGGGUGGCAUUGUGCUUCCUCGGACGCUACCGGAUGGUACGUCGCUGGACCACAACACUUCCUACCGCAAGAUGUCUAUAUUCGACACUCUCGAGCAAUAUGUCCCAAGUCUGGCACAGUGGGCACUGAUGAAAUUCAUCCACGGCGUCCAGAGCAAGAUUUGGGUAAUGAAACCCGAAUGGCGACUCGACCCUGCUCCAACACCAUCCCAUAAACUGUUCAUUGUCUCGGACGAUCUCAUCAGCAAUUUGGAAUCCGGGAAUGUCAGCUCCGUGGCUGGAGUCAAACGAAUCAAGGAUGCGCAAACUGUUGAACUCGAAGAUGGUCAGGUUGUAGACCCCGACACCAUAAUCCUUUGCACUGGAUUUCGCAUCGACUAUUCGGUCCUGGGGUCUCAUGACCCAACGCGUCACGAUCUGACGGCUAACGCGGGACAUAGCCCCCUACCAGUCUUGUACCGCAACCUCUUCUCGCUUGACCACCCAGACAGCCUCGCUUGUAUGGGAGCGAUAGUGUACAUGGCGCCGGCUUUCGAGAUAUUUGACCUUGCCUCUAUGGCUAUCGCACAGUUGUGGAAAGCAGAACGAGGACAGCGUUCGCCGCGCUUUCCUCCGCAGCACGAAAUGCUGGAUCAAGUGAAGUGCCACCUUUCUUUUAUGCGGUCGCUGCUGGCGAAAGGCGCUGGCAAUCCUCGCUGGGUCCGAGGAUAUGAAUGGCUUGCAUGGAUACAGGACGUCAUCGGAUGUAGAUUGGACGAGCAUCUCAGUCCUUGGUCGUGGCAGGCCUGGACCUUCUGGUGGGAAGAUAGAGAGUUGUCAAAUCUGAUGACGCGUGGGAUCCCGAGCCCACAUUUUCAUCGGGUAUUUGAUGGACAAGGACGCAGAAAGCGGUGGCCUGGAGCAAGGAGCGCCAUUGUAAAGAUGAAUGAAGAGGUCAAGAGUGGUAGGACUAACACGUCGAAGCUCAAGUAG